GGAAGGGUGUGCGUGUGCCCGCGUCUGCGCGUGCAUGUGUAAGGCGGGGGAUCUGAGGCCAGUGCGGGUGUGCGGCGCCGCGUGACGUGGGGUGGGGCUGGUAAUUUGCUAGGAAAAGCUCCCUGUGUGGGAUGGUCUCUCCUUUUCCAUCCCCUCCUCCCUUCUCCACCUCCUGCAAAUCAUUCAGGCAGCUAAAAGCAAUGGUCACCUUACAGGAGUUGGUGACAUUCAAGGAUGUGGUUGUGGACUUCACUAGAGAGGAGUGGGGCCUCUUGGACCAUUCUCAGAAAGAGCUGUACAAGGAGGUCAUGCUGGAGAAUAUCCAAAACCUGCUGUCCCUGGAUUUAGAGACAAGGUUCAAAGUAAAUGAGGUGACUAGAAAUCUUGGAAUUUUUCUGGAAAAACUAGACCUGCAAGGAUUCAUUGGUGAUGGUCCCUGGGACAUCAAGUUCAGAGAAAUCCAUGACUCUAAUACCAAGUUAGAUGGAAAUCCAGAGAGUGACUGUGAAUUGGAUGAAAUUAGAAAGAGAUUCAGACAGCCCUCUGUCUUAAAUUAUUGUAAGAAAAUGACCUCAGGGAAUGACUCUGUUCAGGAUAGUGAAUAUAGCAAAUGCUUUGUUGAACAUGUAGAACUUUUUCAGCCCCAGGAGAAGGCUCCUGAAAUGCCAGCGUAUCCAGGUAAUCAAUGGGAAAUGGCCUUGAGCUGGAGUUCAGAUCUCAUAAGACAUCAGAAAAGUGAUACUGGAGAAAUACUUUGUGUAAGUAAUAAAGGUGGAAAGGCCUUGAGUCAGAACUCUGUGCUCAGUACUCAUCAGCAAAUUCCCAUUAGAGAGGAGCCUGAUAAAUAUGAUAAAUGUGAAGCAACCUCAUCCCAUCACUCAUCUCUUCCUUGCCAGCCUACAUUUCACCCUGGAGUGAAAAGUUAUGCAUGUCCUCAUUGUGGGAAGGCCUUUGGUUGCAACUUAGAUCAUGAUAGAUCUCAUAAGAUUCAUACUGGGGAGAAAUUUUAUGAGUGUCAUGGAUGUGGGAAGGCUGUUUGCUACAGGUCUCUCCUCAUUGGCCAUCAGAGAAUGCACACUAUAGAGAAACUAUUUGAAUGUAAUCAAUGUAGAAAGGUUUUCACAAAGAGGGAGGAUCUUACUGCACAUCAGAGAAUUCACACUGGAGAGAAACAUAAAUGUAAUCAAUGUGGAAAGACUUUCAGAAAGAGCUCCCAUCUUACUGCACAUCGAAGAAUCCACACUGGAGAGAAGCCUUAUGAAUGUAAUCAGUGUGGAAAGGCUUUCACAUUGAGGGGCAAUCUUGCUACACAUCAGAGAAUCCACACUGGAGAGAAACCUUUUGAAUGUAAUUAUUGUGGAAAGGCUUUCACAAAUAGGACGAAUUGUGCUGCUCAUCAGAGAGUCCACAGUGGAGAGAAACCUUUUGAAUGUAAUCAGUGUGGAAAGACUUUCACAAGGAGGGAGAGUCUUAGUGCACAUCAGAGAAUUCACACUGGAGAGAAACAUUAUAAAUGUAAUCAAUGUGGAAAGACUUUCAGAAGGAGCUCCAAUCUUACUGCACAUCGGAGAAUCCACACUGGAGAGAAGCCUUAUGAAUGUAAUUGGUGUGGAAAGGCUUUCACAAACAGGGGCAAUCUUGCUACCCAUCAGAGAAUCCACACUGGAGAGAAACCUUUUGAAUGUAAUUAUUGUGGAAAGGCUUUCACGAACAGGACCAAUCUUGCUGCUCAUCAGAGAAUCCACAGUGGAGAGAAACCUUUUGAAUGUAGUCAAUGUGUAAAGACUUUCAGAAAGAGUAAUCAUCUUGCUACCCAUCAGAGAAUCCACACUGGGGAGAAACCUUAUGAAUGUAAUCAUUGUGGAAAGGCUUUCACAAUGAGGCAGAGUCUUGCUACCCAUCGGAGAAUCCACAGUGGAGAGAAACCUUUUGAAUGUAAUCAAUGUGGAAGGGCUUUCACAAGGAGGGAGGGUCUUACUGCACAUCAGAGAAUUCACACUGGAGAGAAGCCUUAUAAAUGUAAUCAAUGUGGAAAGACUUUCAGAAAGAGCUCCUGUCUUGCCACCCAUCGGAGAGUCCACACUGGAGAGAAGCCUUAUGAAUGUAAUCGGUGUGGAAAGGCUUUCACAGACAGGGGCAAUCUUGCUACACAUCAGAGAAUCCACACUGGGGAGAAACCUUUUGAAUGUAAUUAUUGUGGAAAGGCUUUCAGAGACAGGACCAAUCUUGCUGUACAUCAGAGAAUCCACACUGAAGAGAAACCUUAUGAAUGUAAUCAAUGUGGAAAGACUUUCAGAAAUAGUAACCAUCUUGCUAUACAUCAGAGAAUCCACACUGGAGAGAAACCUUAUGAGUGUAAUCAGUGUGGAAAGGCUUUCACAAUGAGGCACAGUCUUGCUUCCCAUCAGAGAAUUCACAGUGGAGAGAAACCUUUUGAAUGUAAUCAAUGUGGAAAGACUUUCAGAAAGAGUUCCCAUCUUGCUACACAUCAGAGAAUCCACACUGGAGAGAAACCUUAUGCAUGUAAUCAUUGUGGAAAGACUUUCACACAGAGCUCCAGUCUUGCUGUACAUCAGAGAAUCCAUACUGGAGAGAAGCCUUAUGCAUGUAAUCGGUGUGGAAAGGCUUUCACAAUGAGGCAUGGUCUUGCUGCCCAUCAGAGAAUCCACACUGGAGAGAAACCUUAUGAAUGUAAUCAAUGUGGAAAGGCUUUCACAACAAAGCAUAAUCUUGCUGCCCAUAACAGAAUCCACACUAGAUAGAAACCUAUUCAAUGUAACCCCUGUGGAAAGGCUUUCAGAAAGAGCUCUUGAGUUGCUGUCCAUGAGAGAAUCCACAAUGAGGAGAAGCUUUCACAAUGAGGCAGUCUUCCAACCCAUCAGAGAAGCCACUUGGGAGAGAAACCUUUUGAUUGUAAUCUGUGCAGAAAGGUUUCCAUAAUAAGGCAAUAUCUUGCUGGACAUCAGAUAAUCCAUGCUGGCAAGAAGUCUUAUGGAUGUAAUCGAUGUGGAACUACUUUUAGAUACUCCUACAAUCUUGCUCCUCAGCAGAAAAUCUACAUUUGAGAGACCUUUUGAAUAUAAUCAAGGUGGAAAGUCUUUCACACAGAGCCACCAUCUUGCUUUAUAUCAGAGAAUUCACACUGUGGAGAAACUCAAGAAUGUAAUUAAUGUGCAGAUUGUUUCAGGCAGAGCUCCAGUAUUUUUAGACAUCAAAAAAUUGAUACCGAAGAGAAUUGUUAUGAAUGUAAUCAACAUGGAAUGAUUUUACACUGAACUCAGAUUUUGUUAUACAUCAGAGAAUCGCCACUGGAGACAAACCUCAUGAGUGUCAUGAAUGUGGCAGAGUUUUUAGUUACGACUCUUAACAUGUAACAAAAGGUUCCACACUUGGGAGAAACCUAAUGAAUAUAAUCAAGGUGCUGAUACCUUCAGGCAACAAUCAUCUCCUAUUUCCCAUCUCAGAGUUCAUAUGAGAUAGAAAUCUGAUUCUUGUCAUGAAUAAGGAAAGUCAUUCAGAUGGAGUUCAGAUCUUCUACAGUUUUAGAUGAACAAUUCCCGAGAUGUUCCCUGUGAACUCAGUGUAGGAAGGCUUUCAGCUAGAGGUCAUCUCUUAUUUUCUAUCGGAUUCACUGGAGAGAAGCUUUACAAAUGGGCUCAUGGGGGCCAUGCUUUUUUCUGGAGGGGGGUGGUCAGGAGACAGCCCUGUUCCUACUGGAAUGAAGAUGGAUUAAGGCAAUGGAUGUGAGGGCUUCCCCUAGAGCUCCUACCUGACUGUUCUUUGGAGAAAUCAUGCUGGAGACAAAGCUUUGGAAUAUAAUUACCAAGGGAAGGCCUCCUGCUGCAGCACAGACUUCAUUAGACCUCCUAACAAGAGACCUCAUUAAACAUCCUCAAAUUCCAUCCUGUAUACAACCCCUAUACAUGUAAGGAUUUUUCUGUGAAAUCCUAAUGUUUGUCAUCCCUCCUCAAUAUUUCAUGACAUUCAUAGCCUUCAUUUCUUCAGGCAUUCCCCUAUUAAUUGGUACUCACUGUGUUUCCUGUUGUUUGCUAGGAGAAAAAUUACUUCUUUUCAUGUUUUGGUACCUGUUGGACAUUAAUUUCUGUAUUGCUUUCUUUAAGGGGCUAGGUGACAUGGUACAUGAAGUGCUGUCCUUGGAACUGUAAGGCCUGAAUUCCAGUUCAGUCUCUGGCACUUACUACUUGUAUGUCCCCUAAUCCUGCGUGAGUUUCCCCAUUUGUAGAAUGGGGAUGAUAAGGGCAUCUACCUCCAAGAGUGAGGUGAGGCUUUAAUUAAACAAUAUUUGUUAAAUUCUUGGCAAACAUUAA